AUGCCACCACAAGAAGCGGUGAGAUGGGCUCAAGAAGCUCCACCAUACGAUUACCUACCAGAGACUGAGAAACAAUUUGCUCUUUUCACCGAUGGCUCCUGUCGUCUUGUAGGGAACCGCCGGAAGUGGAAAGCUGCCGUGUGGAGUCCUACACGAUUGGUUGCUCAAGUAGCUGAAGGAGAAGACAUUGCAGCUCGGAUAGAGAAACUGGAGGUAAAAGUGCGUCAUGUGGAUGCACACGUGCCUCUGAGUCGAGCCACUGAGGAACAUCGACACAACCAACGAGCAGAUGAGGCUGCUCAAGUGUUCCAAGUAGACUUAGACUGGGAACACAAGGGUGAGCUCUUUCUAGCUCGGUGGGCCCAUGAUGCUUCAGGUCAUCAGGGCAGAGAUGCAACAUACAAAUGGGCUCGUGACCGAGGGGUGGACUUAACCAUGGACACUAUUGCACAGGUGAUCCACGACUGGCCUUUCAGUUAUCUUGAUGAUGUCCCAUUUAAGAUAGGAGACAAAUUCAAAACCCCAGCAAGGGUUGGAUUACCCAUUGGUUUCUGCAUGCCUGACACUUCUCAGCUUGUCAGAGAAGCCUGGUAUGACUUCUCACUGGAAAAGAAAACAAUUGAGUGGGGUGAAGAUAUAAAAAAAAUUGAAGCUGCCCAGAGAGAAGCUGAACGAAAGGCAGAAGAAGCCCUAGUGAACUCAAAGGCAGCUCCAGAGGACAGUAACAAAAUGGAGUUCUCAAAGGGACUUUGCCCUGAAGUUAUGCCUCCUCCUAUUAACCCCAUCCUCGCUAGCCUGCAGCACAAUAAUAUUCUUACUCCCACGCCAGCUGACAACAGUGCUGUGAAGCAAAAGAUUCUCAGUCCACCUCAUCCAAAAGCAGACUUCAACCCAGCUGAUUUUGAAUGUGAAGAUGACCCAUUUGACAAACUGGAAUUAAAAACUAUUGAUGAUAAGGAGGAAUUAAAAAAUAUUCUUGAAAUUCAUGUUGGUACUACUGGGCCAGUUGUUGCCCAGCUGUUAGAUAAUACUUUGGCCAAAGGAGGGUCUGAGUCUGUGCUACGAGAUGAGGAAGUUCUGGCAUCCAUAGAAAAGGCCACGUUGGACUUCAAGCCCCUUCACAAACCCAAUGGCUUUAUCACUUUACCACAGUUGGGAAACUGUGAAAAGAUGUCCUUGUCUUCCAAAGCAUCCCUGUCCCCUAUCACUUCAGUGAACAAUAUAAAAUCCCUGUCCUUUCCUAAACUUGACUCCGAUGAGAAUGGCCAAAAAUCAUCAAAGCUCAGAAGCACUUUCCACAGCACUACCUGUCUCCACAAUGGCUCUUUUCUCAGCUCUUUGCAGACCUGUGCUCAAAGUAAAGCUAGUGAACUGAAUGGACACCAUAUGGUUGGUCUUUCCAGUCUAAAUGAGGACAGUGGCAUGGAGGCAUCAACAUUAUCCUCUUUAUCCAGGCUGCCUUCCCAGGCUGUGUCAACAGUUUGUACGGAAGAUAAAUCAUCAUUUCCAAGCACAGCGACUAUGGUACACCCAGACUACAAGGAAACAGAAAUCCCUGUGGUAACGCACCAAAAUUUCCUAGUGUCUAAAGUGCCCAAUAACACCAGCUGCACAAAGCAGUUGGGUGGCCCCACUCCUGAAGUACAGCAGGUCCUCUCUGCUAGUGAAAGGCAGUGCAUAGAGACAGUCGUCAACAUGGGGUACUCGCCUGAGAACGUCCUGAAAGCCAUGAAGAAGAAGGGACAGAACAUAGACCAGGUUUUGGAUUACCUGUUAGCACAUGGAGAGCUUUGUGAGAAGGGCUUUGAUCCACUUCUUGUUGAAGCAGCUUUGGAAAUGCACCAGUGUUCAGAGGAGAAGAUCACAGAACUUCUCCAACUAAUGAGUCAAUUUAAAGAAAUGGGCUUUGAACUAAAAGACAUUAAGGAGGUCUUAUUACAUAACAAUGACCAACACAACGCUUUGGAAGAUCUGAUGGCCCGUGCAGGAGCCAGCUGA